UCGCCAAAGACGCGCUAAUUCUGCACGUACGCGACGUGCACCUCGGCCGAAGAAACUAUCACUAUUUUCUCAGCGGCUUGGUAAUGGACGAUCGCUGGGAGAAAGAAGUAACGGAGUUUGGCGCUGUCAAUAUAACCGGAUUUCGACUCCUGGACACUUCACGGAAAGUUGUUCGAGACUUUAUUGAUGUCUGGAAAAAAGAUUCUAUCUCGGCUCAAGCAGCUCUCAUGUACGACGCAGUGCAAGUUCUGAUAGACGCAGUGAUGAGACUCAUGCGCAAGAAACCUGAUGUUCUUCGCAGCACCAUCCGCCGCAACGCCAACCUGAACAGCAGCAAAACCAUGGACUGCAGCCCCAAGGGGAAACUGACGCCAUACGAACACGGAGACAAGAUCUCGAGGAUGAUCAAAAAGACGGAGAUAGAUGGUUUGACUGGCACCGUCAGGUUCAAUGAGGAAGGUCACCGACGAAACUUCACUCUACAAGUCAUGGAGGUCACUGUGGAUGGUGACAUGAAAAAGGUAGCGACAUGGUACGACAACAAAGGCUUAGUUCCCGUCUCAGCGAAACUGCCGUUGAGCCUGCCCGGAGCCUACGACCGUAACAAGACGUACGUAGUGUCCACAAUCGAAGAGCCGCCGUACAUGAUGCGGAACAAUCCAGACAAUUCGGCGUACUCGACUAAUGACCCGUACAGGGGUUUCUGCGUCGAUCUGGCCGAAUUGCUAUCCGAUAAAUUAGAAAUCAAAUAUGAAUUCAGGUUGGUAAAAGACGGAAAAUAUGGAAAUGAAAACCCAAAAAUUAUAGGUGGCUGGGACGGAAUGGUUGGAGAGAUUUUGCGGAAGGAAGUGGAUAUGGUGAUUGCACCGCUAACGGUCACGAUGGAAAGAGAGGCAGUGAUCGACUUCAGCAAGACGUUUUUAUCUUUUGAUCUGAAACCGGGCGCUAACAAUAUCAAAGAAGAUUCAUCUAUAUUCAGUUUCUUACACCCACUUUCCAAAGAGUUAUGGGUGUGCAUCCUAUUCAGCCUGUUUGCUGUAAGCGUGGUCUUAUUCUUGGUUUCACGAUUCUCCCCUAAUGAGUGGCGUAUUGUAUCAUUUCCCGAUGGUCAAUCUUCGGAACAUAAUGAAGUUACAACAACUAAGGCGAGUGUCGUUAACGAGUUUAGCUUUUGGAAUUCGAUGUGGUUUUCCCUAGGUUCGUUCAUGCAGCAGGGUAGCGACAUUACGCCGAGAUCUGUAUCUGGCAGAAUUGUAGGCUCCGUUUGGUGGUUUUUCGCUCUGAUCGUAAUAUCAUCGUACACGGCAAACAUGACGACUUAUUUGACUAUUUCUCGUAUAACGGACCCGGCUCCAUCGUUCAGCAAAGUAGCAACAUGCCCUGAGGACUCUACCAUGGGACAUGGGAGCACGCCUCUGCCCCAGGACUCUGUUGAAGAACACGGCUGGCUGGCGUUCCUUCUUGAUCGAUCGUCUGCGACUAAAGAUAAACCGAGACCUUGUGAAAUGCUCGUCACCGUUACCAGCUCCGGAGUGAAAGAUUUCGCCGUCGCUCUACCAAAAGGAUCCAAGUUGCGGGAGGGCAUCAACCUCGCUUUGACAUCGCUUAAAAAUGACGGGGAAUUGCAGAAGCUUAUUCGGAAAUGGUUCACGCUUGCAGAGUGUGAUUUGACGGAUAAGAGCGUUCAAGGGUCGGAGCUGACGCUGAGUGAAGUGGCUGGGUUGUUUUACGUGUUAAUGGGUGGUUUAGCGCUGGCUCUGGCAGUGGCUUUGUUGGAGUUCUGCCAGCACGGGCGGGCUGAGGCCGCGCGGUCCAAUGUUCCGCUCGGGACGGCCCUGAAGGCCAAGGCCCGCAUGGCCUCUCGGGCUGAGCGUAAGGCCGCACAACAACACACCCCGCAACGCGAGCACGACCGCCUCGGAUGGAAUGGUGGAGCCUUCACUGGAUACUACAGCCCGGCCAACCAGAUCGGCCAGGAGGAGACGGCGUUGCAUGCCAGCUUCACGCAAGUCUGAUGCUCGAGCCGGGACGUCGGCACCAUUCGCCGCCCGUCCCACUCCAAGCAGAUGUCGACCUCCGUCGAUCUGUACCAGCUGUAAGCUGCUAAGGUCUUCAGCGGCGUCCCCUAGGUCAGUUUCAAAAACUACCCUAACGUGAUCACAAACGACCAGGCUAUUAACGUUGCUAUUAAAAGAUCUUACCUAUUGUACGCGGGAAGAAAACUGUUCGGCCACACACAAACAUUUGGAAUUGAGGUACGAUGUGUGUGGUAUAGGCACGAGAUGAAAUCUUUUGAAAUUUUAAGCCGGAUUUUAAAAUCCAUGUAAUCAAUAGCAGUAAUUAUAUAUUUGUCUGAUAUAUCUGUUCUACAUUUAUCAAUGGUCUUAGUAGUGUUUACCGUUGAGCUAUAUUAUUUUACUACACCAUUAGGUCCUACGAGACAUGUCGUAAGUCACUUGCAACCCUUAAGUACGGGAAUUUACCGGUAAUUAUUAAGGUUCCAGAGGUCUACCUCCUUUCAACCGUUAAUAUCCUAAAUAUUUCCUUUGGUAUUCAAAUUGUUAUGUAAAUAUUUAUUAUUAUCCUAAACAGUUCCUCCGAGAAUUAAUUACUUUUACGAAUUUCAUACUGCUAAAGGAAUGAUAGAACAUUAUCGUAGACGUUUUAAUUAACUGCUCUUUGUCGUUUUAGAUAUAUUUAAAUGCAAAUUUAAUAAUAUUUUGUUAUUGUAUUGUUAUAUUAAUUUAAGAUUUUGCCUGUAUAUUUUUAAUGACUGUCAAACCGACGGAACCCAAAUAUAUUUCUGAGCUAAUCACGCUCAAUGAUCUCCAGCGAAUUAUGAUCGUUUCUUCAUUUCUAAUCGAAUACGAACCGAUCCUGAUUCGUGCUAUAUAAAUAACUAUAUACAUUUCUGUUUUGGUGUUUAUUACCAAGUAGAUAAAUAUCAGGGUCUUAUAAUACGUGUUAUACUAAGUAAAACAUUCAAUUAGGUGACAUAAUUCAAAUUGGUGUAAAUUUUAAAACGUAGUUAGCAAGAUAAACGUUAAUUACGGGCCGGAAACUUAGCUUCAACAUAUUAUCUGUUUUACUACACAUUUAUACUCUCGGUGUAUUUAAUAAGUUAAGUGCAUUUACUUAAUGUUUUAUCAUAUAAUCAUUAAUUGGAAAAUGAGUGAAUAAUAGCUCGACUAGUUGUAACAAUGCAUAUUAUAGAACCCAUUUACGGGAUUUGUCGGUGUUUACAAUUACUAAAUGUUACCUUACCUGAAACCUGCUUAACCCCAGCAAUUAGAAAGUUAGUAAAUAUUAAUAGAAACCUACCCCGGAAAAAUCCGCCGCAAUCAUCCACUUUUCAUACAUGUUUAGUAUUUAUAUUAUUAUAAAUAUGAAUAAUUUGGUGUUACAUGUUUACAAUAAGAAUAGCAGCUUCACGUUAAGCGUUUAAUGUUUUAAACCUAUUUUAUGUAUACUUUGUUAAAAUUUUGUUUCCAUUUUAAUUUACUUCAC